GUUCUCAGAUAUAAUACUUCCAUAUUGUCACGGGUACUCUCUCGUUCAUUUGAGUUUUUUCCCGGUUUCUUUCUUAGUUGUAGAGCGUCGAAGUACAUUGGCCGCUUCACUGUUGUUGUCCAGUUCACAUGGUCCUCAAUCGGCAGACCAUUAGCCAUCAUAUCAUACCUGGCGACACCAAGCCACUAGGUUUAGGAGAAAACGGCAUAGUGUUCCCCACGAAAUUUUCUAAUUACUAUUAGCAUAUUAUCAUGGUUACGUUGGUUGUUGUGGUGUUCAGUUUAUCUCUAAGACUUGGAAGGGGAUUAGAGCCGGCGGCGCAAUGUAGGGAACGCAGCGACCAACUCCGACAAGACGGCGGCUUAUGUUUCGAGAUUCCGCCGUGGCAGCACCAGCCUGUCGAGUUGGAGCGCCAUCUGGCGGCGCUCAAGAUGCGCUGGGGUAAAGUGACUGCAAAAAGAAGGUCUACGACCAUGGUGAACAGUGAAGUCACGCGAUACAUGGACACAGUCCUAGGGCCAUUCCUAGACACAUAUCACAGGAACAUCCAGAGCUCGUACCAGCAGCUGACCACCAAGAUCCUGAAGAGGAUCAAGGACGAGAUCAACGAAGCGGUGCUUAAGAAGCAUAAGAUUUAUUCGGAGCUGAUCAAGUUGGCUGAUAAGCUCAAUGUUCCAGAAAUGUGCAACGAGGAGCGUCGGGUGGCCAAAACGCUGGCAAGCAAGCACGUGUCCGACAUCUACAAGUGCACGGAAGAGGCGAGAGUUUCCAUCGCCAAGAUGGGGAAGUAUGCUGAACAGAUGAUUGGCAUCACCAGAAACCAUAUGCAGUUGGUGUUGGAGUCCACUGCAAACGGCGCCGAGGCAUAUAAGGCUACGAAGUCUAAAGAUCAUAUAUCUAGGAGGAAUGACGAAGUGGAGGACUCCAUCAAAGAGCUGUCGCAAGCAGCCGUGGCUUUGGGCUUCGAGCUGGACCUCAGUCUGACCAACGCGAGGCGUCACAACGAGCAAACCUGUGAGAGACUGACCACCUGUUCCAAUGAAGCUAAGAAGAGCUCUGAUGACGCUGUACUGGAGCUUAGAGACCGAUUUUAUCAAUGUGUUUAUGCUUAAGCUACGGCAGACCCGCUUAAUGUCUCACAGGCUUCAUACUGUGAAAGAAGCAGCAGAACUUGUGUGUCGUCGAGGUACCACGCAGUAUAUUCCGCCGAGCCACCUCACCUGUCAAAAAGUAAUAUAUGAUAAUUUUCAUGUCCAACCGUAUGUUUUUCCAUGUGGAUGUCAUUUUGGAAUUUUUGAGAGAUGUGUCAGGUAAAGAUUAAAAAAAAAUGUAUUGCAAUUCAGCCUAAUUUGAGAAUUUUUCUUGUAAUUUUAGUCACAAGUGUAACCUGAAAUUCUUAUAUUGUAUGUUUGUAAUCUGUUUUGUAUGUGAAAGUUUGAUGUAUAAUAUAGUUUUAAUUUAAUUUGUAAGUUUUUAGUACAACUUUAACUUAAUUCGUUUUAAUUUUAUUUAUUUACUUUUAUUUUAUAGAUAAAAUGUAAAACCAAAUAGAAAAUAUAAUAAAGAUUUAAGCACAAAAAAUAAUUUAAGUAAACUAACAUUAAGUUUUAAAACAUUAUAAAUAUUCAAUACACUAUUGUUUUCAUUACUGUAAGGACAAUUCUUCUUCAUAGUCGUAUUCCUCAUGGCUGAGGGUCGUGGUCAUUAUAUGGAAUGAAACACACUUAACAACUUUCUUGGCAUUAUUAAUGGAGUGGUUUGCCAUUGCCUUCUCCAUUUCACACACAAGUUAAUAUAAUCAACCAGUGUGCAGGUUUCCUCACUAUGUUUUUCCUUCACCGGAAGCAAGUGGUGGUCGAUGAAAACUACUAUACAUGAGUCAGAUUUGUAUACAAACUCAUGUGGCACGAGUAGGAUUCGAACCUGGGACCUUUCGAUCCACAGGCGGGCGUCUUAACCUUUACACCACCGCUUCGUAGGGACAAUAAUUUUACAUAAUUUCAGUGGAAAUACAGCGAAAAAAUAUGGAUUGUAAAUAUAAACAGUAGUAAAUUUUGCGUGGAUUUAUUUUUUACCUUUUUUCAUGUUUCUCAGUAAUUAGUAGAAAUUUAUGCAAAUGAUGCUAAUUAGUACAAAUCUAGUAUAUUUAUUCAAGUCUUUAGAGAAUAUG